GGCCAAUUGGCGCCAGUAUCUCUUGCAUGCUUUCGCAGUGAGCGCCGGUUCCCCGAGCACACCAGCAUUUUACGGCCGAGGGGAGCAUGGAGCAUGAGCCCUUGCAUAAGAAAAGAGAAACACGGCAGAACACGGCUUUCUGACGGCCGCGAUUGGCUGACCAGUUGAGCGUUUAGGACAGCAAUCGAUCCGAUUUUGGCCCGGGCAGCAUCGCAGCGAAACACGGCCAGGCCCUGGCAGGGCUGAGAGGGACCUUGACGGGCAUGGCGGGCCAGGAACGCAUUCCGAGAAAUCGUCAUCACGCUGCAAAAAAUCCCGUACGAUGCCUUUGGUAGAUUACUCCUCCGAAUCCGAUCCCGAAUCCGAUUCAGCCUCCACAUCGGCCCCUGACGCUACCACGGAUCCGCGUCCAAGAAAGAAGCCAAGACUAAGCUCAUCCCCACCCCAGUCCGGUCUCGGCCCCGAUCCCCAACCCGGGCCUGGUCCCGGAACCGGUCCCGACCCAACACCCCACCGUAACCAAGCACCUCUACCACCCCUGCCGGCCUCCUUCUACGACCUCUAUGCCUCCACAGUCCGCACCUCGACCCGCGACGAUCCCACCCUCCACCAAGGCCGCACCCGCCAGACGCCGCACAUCCCAGGCAACUGGCCCAGCCACAUCUACAUCGAGUGGCAUCCUCCUCCUGAGGUUCACACACUGCUCGCGUCCUUGGUAUCCUCCCUUCAAAAGCAGCAGCAUCAUUCCGCGUCCAACCUUGCCAAGGGCAAGUCCGACAGAGGGAAACCAGCUCCCAAUCCCGCCACCACCACCAGCGCGGACGGAGACGGAAAAGGGGAGGAUGAAGAAGAGGAGGAGCAGAAGGCCGCCGACGACGAGAAAGAAAAAAUCACCAGCUUCCUCGUAAGCCCCCUCGGCGCGCCGCAGCCGUUGCACAUCAGCCUGUCGCGGCCACUGUCCCUCCCCGGGACAGAGAAGGACGCCUUCCUCCGGGACGUGCAGGCGCGGAUCGCAGGCGUUCUUUUCUCCUCCCACUCCCCACCACUAAGCCUAUUCUGCAACGGUGUGGUCGAGUGGCACCGCACGCCCGAGAGCGGGCGGUCCUUUCUCGUUCUACGCGUGCGCCCGAGCACGAGUGACAAUAGACAUAAUCCCAACCCAGAGCUGACAGAGCUCCUGCGUCGGUGCAACGCGGUGGCGGCAGCCUACGGACAGCCCGAGCUCUACUCGUGGGCCGCCGAGUCAGGGGAUGAUGAUGACAGGAACGGAGGAGGAGACAGGAAGAUCGGCGAGGCGUUCCAUGUGUCAAUUGCGUGGUCGUUUGCCGAGCCCAGCGAGGAGUUGAGGAGAGUGACCGAGCAAGUAUUUGGGGAGAAAGGCGUCAGGGAGAGGAUUGAGCAAGUGCAGAUCCCCGUUGACGGCGUCAAGGUCAAGAUUGGAAACACGGUUACUCAUGUACCGCUCCCACAACCAGGGAGGAGGGCGAGCGGAAAGGGUAGCAGGAAUCUACUUGGAUUGUGAAGGAGAAAAGCAUGUAUAUACCCGUUACCAUAUCGGUCAAUAUGGAGAAAAGUUAUAUACUUGUGUAUAUGUUAUAUACGCGCUGCAAACCCAGACAA